GCUUUAGAGUACGAAUGCUACUAGGUUCGUUCAGCUGCCAACAUAAUCUGCAUUGUGAAACAUUUGUUUAUUAUCCUGAGAAAGUUACGCUCUUGAAUUUGUUCAACCUUUAUCUUCAGUCUAGUGGAAUCGGUGGAAGCCUCAAGGUUUGCAUUGAAUUGAUACCGGUUCCAUUAAUGGUCGAUUUAAUUUCGAUAAGGGAUCUAUAGAAGCAUGGAAAACGGUGAAGAACUAGUCGGUCCACCUCAGUUGUCGCUUCAGUGGCAUCAGCAUCAUAACACUCUAGUUUCCCUCCUGGAUGCCCUUUGGGAGAGACAGGAGCUUGUUGAUGUUACCCUGGCUGCAGAUGGGCAAUACAUUAAUGUGCACAGGAUCGUCCUGUGUGCAUGUAGCAAGUUUUUUCAGGACAUGUUAACUCCAAAAGGCAGUUCAGACAAACAAGUCAUUGUUUUCCUAAAAGAUGUGUCAUAUUGUGACCUGAAGGCCUUAGUCGACUAUAUGUACAAAGGGGAAGUACGAAUCAAUGAAGACCAAUUGAAUUCAUUCCUACAUACUGCCAAAUCUCUUGGUAUCCGUGGUCUGAUGGGAGAUGGCAAAAAGGAUGAUGCACAGAAUGAUAAGAAAAAAAGGCGGAGACAGUCAGUUGAACUGUCGAUGGACCAAGACGAAGAAGAAGAAAACAGCCUUGCAGCGUCAUCGCCUCCUCCUCCUCCACCGUUGCUCAAGCAUAAAACCAGUCUCACAAAACCCCAGAAUCUCGAAAUUAAAUGUGAACUCCCUUUGAACCAUGAAGGCAGAUUCGAGUCAGGGAUGAACAGUAUACAGCCUGAAACGGAAUCAUUGACACAAAAUUCAAGUAUUAACUCGGGCCAAGAGCUAGAGGACGACGACCUCGAUUUGUUCCAGCACUGUGGUGUCAACGCUGGGAAUAAUCACCUCCAUCAUCCGGGACCAUCCAGAAUGUCCGCCGAAGAGCUCCAAUCGUCUGGUCAAGACAAUUACGAGAACUGGAAUUUGCCGUCAGAAAUCUUGCCUGAUUCGUCACGUGCUCGACAAGAAAGGAUCCCCUGCCCCUAUUGCCACAGGACAUACGCGGCGAACAAUCUACUCAAACGACAUCUUAAAUUCGAAUGCGGUGUCGAACCGCAGUUUCAGUGCCCACUGUGUGAAAAACGUUCUCGUCAUAAACACAACAUGACAGCUCACUUGAAGACACAUUUCCGGGGCAAUAAGCGGGGCAGAUCACGUUCGUUGGUUUCGAUAUACAGUGGGGAAGGGAGGGAAAAUCACUUGUGGGGUGAUCCAGAAUGAUAUACAACGACAUAUCAUUGGUUGUAUUGAUGUAUGUUUACAGUUACAUGUAUCUUUAAUUUUCAGACUUAUUGGUCGAUCAUAUGGCUUGGGGUUCUAUCCAUAACGGGUCAGUUGACAACCACCAUCUUCAUCACCAUGAUCCUGAUCCUGGACCAGGUCGGCAUUCAUGCCCCAGAUGUGGCAGAACGUACAAGUGGAAACAAACUU